UCCGGAUGCCGGCAGGAUGGUGCUGGUCCCCGUUGCGGCGCUCUGGGCCCUGGCUCCCCUCCUCACCCGGGCAGACCAGCCCCCUGUCACCGUCACGGCGGCCGUCGGCGAGGACGCCUGCCUGCCCUGCGGCACCCAGCCCUGGGGACACCUGCGCGGGGUCACCCUCACCUGCACCCAGCAGGCUGGCACCCACCACCCCGUCCCCGUCCUCAGCCACCGCCUGGGCUGGCACCCGCCGCUGGAGCCGGGCUGGCACCCACCGGAGGAGCCGAACAGCCGGUUUAGGGGCAGAGUCGCCUUCUGCGCGGCGGGGCCGGGGGACGCCGGCGUGUCCCUGCUGCUGAGGAACCUCAGCGAUCCCGAUUUCGGGAAUUAUUCCUGCUACGUGACCAGUGCCGUCACCGCCGCCCCGCAGCUCCUCUGCAGCCUGGUCCUGCAGCCCGCUGCCGUGGCAGAGGUCCCAAAAAAUGCCGAGCCGGAUAUGAUCAUGGUGGUGUGCCUCCUCACCGCUGCCUUCAUCGCGGUGGCCAUCGGGGUCCUGGCCUGCUGCCACUGGGGGAGGCGGUGCUGCCGGCGCGGAGCCCAGGAGGCCGGAGCUGCGGAUGGAGGAGGAGGAGGAGGAGCGGUGGCCUUGGGUGACCUGAAGAGUCUCAGCGCCUGAGGGCACCGACAGCCGCACGGAGGAGCUCCGCGUGUGACCCCGGUGCAGGAUGCGGCCCUGGCU